AUGCGACUGUGGUGUCUCAUUGUGAAGUGUGUCUGUAUAUUGUACGUGUUAUUUAAAAGAGAACAACACCUACGUAAUCUAGUCAAGAAUUUAUACCAUUGUUUUUGUAAUAACAGCUUUUGGUACUGUUGCACUGUUGUAGGUAAGUUGUAUCGUUAUUUUCAGGUGAUCAACUUAACCUUGAUGGAAUACGAUAUAGGGUGGUGAAACUUUGAAGAACCCUUAGAGCAUCGCACAACACAUCACUUACUAAUCUUUCGAUGGUGGUGGUGUCACGGGAAUGCCCCCAAGCGCCCUCUGUCUGGUUGAUGGCUGCCCCACUCCAAUGCAGGUGUCCCCCGUUGUCUAUACGUCGCUCGCAAUCGGUGCUAGUCAGACUUUCGUUAGAUGACACCGGCGCACGCCUGCAGCAAGUGCAGACCGAAUUUGACCUGCUCAAAAACGUCUACUUUUGUCACGGCAGGACAUCCGUGGCUCUGAUCUGAAUCUCUGCAUGCUAGGCAGAGAUUUUUAAUACAAAACACCGCGGAACGGCACCUUGAAACGCCAAUGAAGGUACCUCCAUAUCAAUCUGGCCCAUUCUUCUCAUAGAGGAUUUGACGUAAUACUACCAGACGAAGCUUACAAGAUGGUACAGCAAUCGUACCGCUUCCUCUUAAUCCACACGAUGACCAUAGACGACUGCGACCGCGAGAUUCAAGCUCAAUUCAUUCACGCCCUCACCUCCGAUCUGGUUGUCAGCCGAUUGCUGGGUAGACGUGUCAGAGCUAGGCCACGCCUACCUAGCGGGAGGGACACUGGUGGAAGGAGCCAGAAGGCGUGCGCGGACCUUAAGCAGACCAUGAAGAGGGUCAUAGAUGGCAGGCAUCGGGUUAAGCAUCACCUGAGGGCCGUACAAAUUACGCCUCAGGUUAGCAAUCAGCUUGCAAAAAUAGAAAAUGGAAUUACUGGAAAUCAACUGGCUUCCCACAUCAUACAAGCACCGGUGGUCAAGCCUUUUGUGGAACGAAAUGAUACAGUGGUGUCUAGUGCUGUUCAGCCAAACCAGCUGUCCCAGAAUUCCACGCCAGACGACACGAUCCAGUGGCUGUCUGCGAACAGAUUCGAGAAAUACGUCGAAACAUUCGAGAGAUUCUCGGGCGACGACAUGCUGCGUAUGUCGCGCGAAGAUCUCCUCCAGAUCUGCGGGGACGCGGAUGGGAUCAGGUUGCAUAAUGCACUCCAUUCCAAGACAAUCGCCCCUAAGCUGAAACUCUACAUCUGUCUAGGCGAUUCGACCGUCUACACAGCAAUCUUCUUACGCCAACACAGCAGUUGCGAACUGCUCGCGCAACUAAUUGCCAUAGCCGGUGUAACGGCCGACAGAGUGCGCGAUGUGUACGUCGAAGGCCCUCACGCUAUCCACGUGCGGUUGACAGAUGACGUGUUGCGACACGUGCACGACGAGGCGAUGUUCUCAUUAGAUGUUGUCGCGCAGGAUGGUGGUGGGUGGGUGAUGGUGCUGAAAAGGGCGGCUAAGUAGGGUUUUAGGUGGUGUGCAGUGUGUUACUGUGAGCAUUAUUCAAUUAGCCAUAUAAGGAUCUGCCCUGGACUUGGGACUGCUAGCCCAGCGACGAGAAAUUUAGUAAAGAGGGACUUUGAAUAAUCGCGCACCUGGGCACACAGUACCGAGCCCUUCAUACAUGAUCUUGAUAAGAAUGUGCCUUGUCAAACUUGAUGUGUUGAGUCCCUGGGUCAUUUUAAGAAAAAAAAACUUUUGAAUAGACAUAAGUCCAGAAAUGAUUUGUUCGUCCACGUUUUUUUUUUGAAAAUCCGUCUUCUCGGAAAUUUUUUUUUUGUUUUUAUGCAUAUUAUUCAAAAGGACCAUUUUCCAUGAAUCAGCAUGUUGCCAUGCUCUAAAAACAUUUCUUUAAACGAAUUCCAAAAUUUGUUCUUUUCGCUCGGGCAUUUUUUUUGAUUUUUUGGGUUAUUCUGAACAAAAAAGGUUCAUAUGAACUAUUCUCUAAAGUUCAUUGUUUUCUGGAUAUCGAGAGUUAACCGAAUUAAUAUUUGUAAAAAGUGCCAUUUUAGACGCCGAAAAACUGUAUGGAAAAAGAAAAAUUUGAAUGUUGCCAAAGUUCCUAAUAUUCUUCAAACAUCCAUUAACAAAAUGCGGAUGCGAAGAUACUUCAUGGACUAUUUGUCGUAAACAUCCUAAUACUAAUAACUCUGUAGCUAAUUCUCUUAAAAUAUGAUAUUUAGAAGAUACAGGCGUAUUGCCCAUAAUUUAGAUAAUAUCGAAUAAAAAAGCGCAUCAGUAAAAUCCACAGCCCCAAAGCGAAAAAAAUUAACGGAUUUAAAUCUGGUCAUCCAGAUGGCCAUUUCAAUGGUUUUAAAAAUCGUUUUUCUUUAACGAUUGUUGCGAAUUUUUCUUCAAAUCGUCUACUAAUACAUACUGCAUUCAAUCAAACUUUAAGAAAUUUUUUUUAGAAAAGAGGUUUUAAAAAAAAAACAUGUUUCCUUUGUGUUUAAAACGGAGCUCAGUUUACAUGAACUUGAUUUGUAAUUACCCAAUCACCCUAGUUUGAACAGGUACUUCAUCAACGCGUUGUAUAUUCAUUGUUAAGCUCAAAUUGUAUACUGUUUAUGGUAAUAUAUUGUACAAGAUGAAUUAACUGCAUGUUAAAAAAGUAGUCAAGUGUUGGUGUAAGUCGUCCGCACAACGGUAGUAGAAGAUACCUUCAAAAUAACUUAUAUAUAUCCAAUCGUUACGUCACUGGAUAUUUUGCGAUGAAGUAUUGAAUAUACACGAUUUUUGCAGCAGCUUGAACUCAUUUUGAAGGUAUUUUAGGGUCACAUUUAUAGGCGUUUCUUGAGAUUUGGGUGCCGUUUGAGGAACGAUCUAUCCUUGGAUUUCAAACAAACAACGAUUCCUUGAGGGAUGUUCAUAUUUUGGGAAAUAUUCAAGAUAUUAGAAAUUUGCACGUUUUUGACAUUUCCAAAAUGUUCAAAAAUAUCAAUUUUUUUAUUAACAACAAUUCCAGAAUCUUUAAUACUUUCAACAUAUUCAAAAUAUUCAAGACUUUCAAUAUUUCCAAAAUAUCAAAAAACUAGAAAAUCUGGCAAUCCUGAAAAUGUAAAUUUAGAAAAUUUUAAAAAGAUAAAGAGAAAUCAUUCCUGAAACGGCACUGAAUCCACAAGGAACGUUUAUAAAUGCUACCCUUAAUCCCCUAUAACAUUCUGCACACCAUUUAUAUCAGUACCCCACACUUCAUCCCUUUAUAAAAUAUAAAAGUUAACACUUAGGACAGUUCCUGUCCUAACGUUUUGCGACAUUGAUCAGCCAAGGUCCAUUUAAUGAUAAUUUGCUACUUACGUGUCUGAAGCAAAAUUGGUCCACUACGGUAGAACUCGGUUCACCAAAAAGUAUUUGUUCGCUUUUGAACAAAUUUUUUUGAUAUAAACUAGCAGUGUAGCUUUUGUCCAGCCAACCAUGGACAGCUGUUUCAUCAGUAACAAUGAAACCUGAGCAACUAACCUCUAUUUAGGGUAUAGGGUGUAUCGAAAUAAGACAGUUCAUAGUGCCAUCUUUUACCAGAAUCGAUUCUGGUAAUACAUGGCACUAUGUGCUAUCUUAUUUUGAUCAUUCGAUAUGAUUAUAAAUAUUUUCAAAUUCAGGGUUGAAUUAGUCAACGUGUUCUUGUCGCAUCAAGCAGAAACAGUUGCAAAUUUUUCCUUUGGCAAACCAAAAAAAUUCUGAGGUGGUGGACCAAUUUAGAUCUAGAAUGUACGCAGCCAUUGUUUUUGGAAACGAAAUUUCCGGAAUUUCUUGAAUAGUAGAUUUGAGAGCCUUUCGGCAUUUAUAUCCUGGAUAUUUCUCGCCAUGCUCUUAUAUCUCAAUUCUUAAAGUUUAUUUACGCAAAGUGACGCUUACCAGGUACAUUCAAUAUUGUGAUUCUGCGAUUGGACUAUUCUCAUGGGAAGUUGAUAAAAGAAAGUUGGUAUCAAAAAUACGUCACCGUGUAACUUGAUAGAUUUUAUGUAAGUUGGAAAUUACAUAAUUCUGUAGAUGAUUAGAUAUUUACCCAUAUGUGUUAAGUACAACUUACAUCAAUGGCAUAUAUUUUGAAACUGUUACUUUGUUAAAGUUGGUUUAUACAGUAUUUGCAUGAGUUAUGCAUAUAUAAGUCAUAAUCAUUAUGAGCUUCAAUGUCAACCCUGUUAUGAUUAUGACAAAGGCCUAUGCUUAUGACCAUGUUUAUAACACGUAUAAACGCGUUCAUAAGAAAUGCGCAUUUUAAAUCUUAUGCUUAUGUCAAUAGUUAUGACUAUGACUUAAUAUGUUCUAUAAAUCCACCAGUAUUGAGCAAUUUCGAAACGAUUUAAAGAAAUAUUGUCCAAACUCUAAUCAAUAGGUAGCAAUAUUUAUAUUGAGUGCCUUUACCUUGGUAUAUGAUAAAACCGCAUUUUCGACAUUACUUGUCAAUUUUUAUACAGGUGUUAUCUGUUGCAGUCUGCUUCUUGCAAAUGUAGUUGACAGGGUGUCCAAUAGAUAGCCUGCGCAAACUAUUUCUUGCCUUAAGAGCCAGAGUUGUCUUUUGUGCAACAUGGAGCGUUCUGUAUGAAAUCAUAAGUUCCAUUUUUGCUGGAGAGCAACUGUUUCAUCAGGAUUAUUCAAGAAAUAGUGGCAGAGAGUACGUAUAGAAAAGGAAUUAAGAGUUCCUAUAAAGAUAUGUGCUGAAAUAUCUGUUUUAUCAAGAUACAGGGUGUUGAAAAUAUCUACGCCACUGUUGAGACUGGUUAAGGAUAAGACAUUAUCUCUAAAUAAUUCUAUCUACAAUUUUUAAUGUCAUUACAAACAUUCAAAGUAGGAUGAAUUCAAGUUUUUUCAUGGAUUAUACCCUAAUGUUCAAUCCAGUUUUUCUCUGAAAAUACAAACAUUUCUCAAUGGAGAUAAUUUACGUAAAAUGCAAAACCUCAUCCAAAAAUGCAUUUGAUGAAAAGUCAGUCGGCAUAGAAAACCUGUUUCUUUUUCUUUCUGUAAGUUUUAAAUCUGCAAUUUCGGAAUUAUAAUUUCAAAACUCUGUAUUUCGCUAUGCGGACAUUUCAGUAGCGUUAUUACAGAGAAAAUACUAGAACUGGGGCUAGAAGUUGUGUCAGUGGGUUUAUCAGACUGUAUAUUUUUAGCGGAGUUUCAAAGGUUCUAGUCCUAAUUUGGCAACGUCCUAAUGUGAUCAUAAACCUCUAAAAUUUCUGCCCUUUCAUGGCUGCAAGUGGUUGUUCCAAGAUGGUCUUGCUGACAGUUAACCUCUGAUUUUGUCAUAUAUGAAAAGCUUUACAAACUUAGUGCAAACUUUCUACAUUCUCUGCACAUGAUGAAAGUAAGUGUUUCAAGUUUGUUCAAUAUUUCAGUUGUUCGAAUUCAUGAUUAGUACUCCCAUUUUUAUGCUUCAGUGCCUUUAACGUUGUAUUUUGUGCAAUGAAUAUUAUAGUUCUUUUUGCAUUUUCUACAGAAGUGUAAUAUCAAAUAAAUUGCUAGAUUUAUAUGUGGAUAUUCUUAUUUUCCAAGUUCUAACUUUGUAAAAAGCAUUGUUCUUUGUCAACAUGUCUGUUUUGAACUUGCGUUUUUGAUGCAUGCUCUUGUGGAUCACAAUUAGAAUAUCUUUCAAUCCUGGCACUAUCAUAAGAAUUCUGAAAAUAAAAGUCUUUCAGCAGAGUAAGGGGCUCAACAAUCAUUUAGGCUUAUAUUUUAGGCAUUUUGAUACAUGUUGGAAUAAUAAUUAUGGAUAAUCUCUGUUAUCUACAUGAAAACAACAUGAAAAAUUUCAGAUUUUACAUCGAUAAUCUAUUUUCACAAUAUCAUUUCAUUCAAAGUCCCCGCCAGGCUACAAUAACAAUAACGACUAUACUUGAAGCCCCCUUUCUCGUCCUCAAAAGGGAUCAGAUCCAUUUACCUAUUUUUAAAUCAUCAGAAAUGACCAAAAGUCUGCUGUCAUUUCUACAGCAACUUGUUACUUUUGGAACUACUUUUUGCCCACUUUUCUCUAACUACCCUGAAGGAGAGGGGGAAAUUGUGGAAAUAAAAGUUUGUUCUCCAGCUAAAAUGUAUUAUGAAUAAAUUAAAAAUGGUGAUGAGAUACCUGUAAAAAGUGGGAGAUUAUAGUUUUUUUAUCUAAAAGAGUAUUUCAAGCAUAUAACAGUAACUGUAAAGCAAGAUAUCUUCAUGAUUACAUGAGUUGUUACUCUAUUGAAUUCCGUCGUCGUUUUUGAGUUGAAGCAUUAACGUUAUUCUACCUUAAGAUAUUAUAAUACUAUUGCGCAACCGAAAAAUUAUCUGAGAUGAAAUAAGAUAAUGGAGUGUCAUCUAUAAGAAUUUGUCACAGCCAUCUUUCUUCUAUCCGCAGUAAUUAGGAAUCUACUUUGAAAAGGUUGGUGUCUUGCUAAUGGCGCGGUAGCUGUAUACUCAUAUAUAGUUGGACUGUAGCGUCAUCUACGAGAUACUAACAUUUUAAAAGUAGAUUAGUAAUUAUUGUGGAGAGGAAAAAUAUGUGACAAAUUCACAUAUAUGAUACUAUGGUAUCUCUUUACAUGUCGGGUAAUUUUUCGGGCGCCCCAAUAUAGUAUUAGGUUGGCUACCUUUAGGUAGAAUAUGUUAAUCAAUUGUUGUAACAUUAGCAGAAACUGAAUUUUAUCAAGCAUUGAUAACCACCUUUAUAAAAUAGUACUUUCUAUUGUUUUAAUGUUUUCUAACCUUCAUUAGUUAGAUUUUAAGUGUUAGUGAGACAAAUAUACCUCAGAUUCGAGUUGUACCAUCAUUUCAUUAAUCCAGUUGUUCAGUGCAUGGCGUCCUUAGUACAACUUACCAUGUUGGCAUUUUUCUCACCAUGCUACAUUACUAUAACGUUUUAGAAAUAACAUUUUUCACGAUACUUUAUCAGGAUUAAAUUUACAAACAAAUAACAGAUAAUUAUCUAGUGACAUUCAUAUCGUCAAGCGACAUACAACUCUGACAGAUGUAUAAACAGUGCCUUAUUAAGAGGGUGUGCCCGUUUUUUUGUUUUUUUUUCAUACUUAGGAUAGGCUAUCUAUCGGGCUGUUUUAGAAAAAAAUGAAUAGAUGGAUUUUACAACGAAGUUUUUGUUGAAGGUGUAUUCGUCUAGACUCUAGAGGCAAAAAAAUCUUGUUGAGUUACUUUUUCAUUGAAUACAUGCUGGGUAAAUCACUAUUUCGCAUAUAUUCAGCAAACUAUUGACUAUUUGUCCGGGUGGUCUAAAGAAGAAUGGUAGAGGAUGAAACGACCUUUAAAAUGUGAUAUCAUAAUAUGUUCAAUAUACUGCAGCGGCUACGCCGCUAGACACAUUUAGUUUGAAUUAUACAUGUUCAGAAAAUGUUGAGCAUUAUUGAUGACAUUUUUUCUGAGUAAUCACAAGGAUAAGUAUUACCUAUAAUUUAAUAUUUUCUGUUGUUGCUUUGGGAAAAUAUUAAUUUAAAAAUAAGCGGUUUAUAAGGACUCAUUUUGAAGGUAUUUUGAUGUUUCCUCUGAAGCAGCUUCACUGAUUCUUGAAUUUUUUUUUAAAUAUAUGUUAAAACCUUGACAGUUAAUAAGAAAUUUAUCUUGCAUUUUUUUUAUCACCACAUGAUAAACCUUUUCAUUUACUCUCAAGAAUGUGUUUCUGUCGUAAAAUCCAUCUAAACAUUUUUUGCGGAAAGCCUAGAUACCUAACCUAACAACGCAUGUAUGUGAUUUGGUGUAAUUCGUAUAUUUUAUUGUCAAAAUUCCCAGUUAGUAAAAAUAUGUGAAAAUAAAUUUUCUUCGGUAUUUGAUCUAACUACGUUCCUGAUUUUUGUCAGAUUCGUUAUAGCAAAUCAUUCAAAUUUGACACCCAGGUGUCACUUGCUGAUCAGCUUAAUGGACGUCAAAACGUAAUGGGAUAUCGUGAAAAAUAGAUUAUUUCAUCAAAGAAUGUUUGUAAGUUUCCAGUUUCAAUAAACAUGUAGCAUAUAGAACUCCAUCUGUAGACGACUUAGAUAUCAGUCAACAUCAAUCGCAAUAAUGUUAAGAAAUCUUUCAUGAUGCUUGCAUGUUUUAAUUUUACGUAUAAUUUGAAUCAUUUUGACACUCGACUCAAUAUUCCAAUAAAUGUUUCGUGUCGAAAAACCAUUCAUUUUAUUUAAACUUAAGAGAGAUAUAUAUGUUCGUUGUUAAUAGAAAGCAGUUUGUUCUAUGAAGUUUUGGAUGUGGCUUGCUUUUAUUGUGACCAGAUCUCAAGUUUUCUAAAAAAUUUGUUAUAACAUUUUCAUUUUGGACCCAAAAAUUAGUUUUAUAAGAAGCUUCUAUAUUAUUAAAAGGGACGCUAAGGUUGACAUAAUGUCAGUCAAACCAAUCCGAUAAACUUCAUUCCUGGUCUGCAUUGCAAACAAGCCAAUGUUUCUGGUCACUAAUUAUUUUUUUAGUAUAUUCCUUGCCCUAAAUGUUUUACAUAAUGUCGUGAAUUUAAAUCACAUGAUACCUGUUUGGUAGCAUCAAUUUAAAAUAUUGUCCUUUAAAUCUGGGAAACAAUAUAUGCAUUAGUUUUUUUAACAUCCUAUUUUUUAUGAAGAUUUUUUAAAAUUUCAUUUAUAAGUAGCUCACCUUGAACAAUUAUUUUAUGCAUUUCUUUUUUCAUUUAAAGUAUUUCACUCAGGCAUUUGAAUAUGUAGAUAUCUCAGUCUAGGUUGCUGACCAUAUUUUUGAAUAAUAUGUAGUUUUGUAGUACUGAGUCCAGAAACUCAGAAUUAAGUGUUUAAUUAUGUCAUGAACAAUAUUUGAGAAAACAAAAAUGAAUUAUGAUUGAUAAAAGGUACAAAUAAUAAAUAUAUAGAUACGUUUAUGUACAUUGUAAGAGAUUCAUGUAGGCAGAAUAUUAGCGUUAAAGCCUCAGAAUAUAUCCCUUUAUUAUGCCUUUUAAUUGUUAUGUAAAUGUGCCAUAAUAAAGAAUAUUCAUGAAAACGUAAUAUAUUUUCAUUGGGCUGUUUGAGC